AUGCCAAAAUACUACUGUGACUACUGUGACACCUAUCUUACACACGAUUCACCAUCUGUUCGAAAAACACAUUGUCAAGGGCGAAAACAUAAAGAAAAUGUUCGAGAUUAUUAUCAAAAAUGGAUGGAAGAACAAGCUCAGCGAUUGAUUGAUCAAACAACAGCGGCAUUCAAAUCUGGAAAAUUACAAUCUAAUCCAUUUGGUAGUAGUGGUCCAGGUGGCAUUUCAAAUCCGGCUAUGCACGCGAAUCGUGCACUAAUUAAUGCUCAAACUCAACCUCCACGAAAUGGUAUGCCAAUGAUGGCCAUGCCACCAUGGGGUUUUCAAUUACCGCCAGGUAUGAGACCGUUAGGGCCACCACCAACAAUGCCGUUACAGAUGCAAAUGCAAAUGAGACCACCAAUGCCACCUGGAAUGACAUUCCCACCAGGAAUCGUACCAACACAAAUUCCGCCUCCUCCUCAACAGGCACAACAAUCAACUGAAUGA